AUGAAAGUCUCCCAAGCCAUUUCUGAAAUAAUCGCCGAGUUCUCCGGCAUCAAUCGAUCGCCCAACGCCGCGCCAGUGGCAAAGUGCUCAUCCAGAAAGUGCUCCAUGGCCACACCACCUCCAUCCUGCACGUCUUCUGGUCAGAAUUCUGGAGCGUCGUCGCCAAGGAGGAAGGUGUCCGAGCCGGCGCAACGGAAGCAUUCAGUGGUUAUUGCUGUUGGAGUGGUUAGUCAAAAUUUUGAGAUUUUUGAAACUUAA